GAGCAGCCGGCUAAGCGCCCAGCCAUGGAAGCCCCCAGGGAGUCGGGCGCAGGCCCCCUCGGAGCCACCAGCCUGGCCGGCCGCGCUCCUGCACACCUGGAGGGAGAAAAGCCGGGCCCGGACCCACUGUACGACGUGCCCGCCGUCGGCGGAGGACAGACGGGCGGGCCGCCACGGCCUGGACGCACGGUGAGCCUUCGGGAGCGCCUGCUGCUCACCCGGCCGGUGUGGCUGCAGCUGCGGGCCAACGCGGCAGCCGCCCUGCACGUGCUCAGGACCGAGCCCCCAGGGACGUUCCUCGUGCGGAAAUCCAACACUCGCCAGUGCCAAGCCCUGUGUGUGCGGCUGCCUGAGGCCAGCGGCCCGUCCUUCGUCUCUAGCCACUAUAUCUUGGAGCGCCCCGGGGGCGUCUCCUUGGAGGGCUCAGAGCUCGUGUUCCCAGACCUGGUCCAACUCAUCUGCGCCUACUGCCAUUCCCGGGACAUCCUUCUUCUCCCGCUCCGGCUCCCCAGAGCCAUCCACCAGGCAGCCACCCACAAGGAGCUGGAGGCCAUCUCCCAUCUGGGCGUUGAGUUCUGGAGCUCCGCCCUCAACACCAAGGCUCAACGGGGCCUCGGGGAAGGCCCGCUGCUGCCCCGGCUGAAGCCCCGGUCCCCUCAAGAGCUGGACCAGGGCACCGGCACCGCCCUGUGCUUCUUCAACCCCCUGUUCCCUGGGGAUCUGGGCCCCACCAAGCGGGAGAAAUUCAAGAGGAGCUUCAAAGUGCGCGUGUCCACAGAGACCUCCAGCCCCCUGUCUCCACCGGCCGUGCCACCUCCCCCGGUCCCGGUGCUGCCAGGGGCUGCCCCCAGCCAGCCAGACAGGCUGCCCCCGCGCCAGCUGCUGCGGAGGGAGAGCUCAGUGGGCUACCGUGUGCCUGGGGGCACCGGCCCCAGCCUCCCGCCCUUGCCCUCCCUCCAGGAGGUGGACUGUGGCUCCCCCAGCAGCUCAGAGGAGGAGGUGCCACCGGGGGCCUGUGGGAGCCCAGUGACCUCCCCCAACCUGGGUCGCCGGCGGCCCCUGCUGCGCUCCAUGAGUGCUGCCUUCUGCUCGCUCCUGGCGCCUGAGCGGCAGGUGGGCCGGGCAGCCACAGCGCUGAUGCGGGACCGCCACACAGCGGUGGGCCAGCUGGUGCAGGACCUGCUGACGCAGGUGCGGGCAGGGCCCGGGCCCCGGGAGCUGCAGGGCGUCCGCGAGGCGCUGAGCCGGGCCCGGGCCAUGCUGAGCGCUGAGCUGGGCCCCGAGAAGCUGCUGCCGCCCGAGAGACUGGAGUGCGUCCUGGAGAAGUCACUGCACCGCUCAGUGCUCAAGCCUCUCCGGCCCAUCCUGGCCGCCCGCCUGCGGCGCCGGCUCUCUGCCGACGGCUCCCUGGGCCGCCUGGCCGAGGGCCUCCGCCUGGCCCGGGCGCAGGGCCCUGGUGCCUUUGGGGCUCGCCUGAGCCUACCCUCCCUGGUGGAGGUGGAGCAGGUGCGCCAGAAGCUGCUGCAGCUGCUCUGUGCCUACUCGCCCAGCGCCCAGGUCAAGCGGCUCCUACAGGCCUGCAAGCUGCUCUACACGGCCCUGAGGACCCACACAGGGGAGGACACGGGUGCUGAUGAGUUCCUGCCACUGCUGAGCCUGGUCCUGGCCCAGUGUGACCUUCCAGACCUGCUGCUGGAGGCCGAGUACAUGUCGGAGCUGCUGGAGCCCACCCUGCUCACUGGAGAGGGUGGCUACUACCUGACCAGCCUCUCAGCCAGCCUGGCCCUGCUGAGCAGCCUGGACCAGGCGCAUGCCCUCCCGCUCAGCCCCUCCCAGGAGCUGCAGCGUGCCCUCAGCCUCUGGGAGCAGCGCCGCCUGCCGGCCACCCACAGCUUCCAGCACCUCCUCCGAGUAGCCUAUCAGGACCCCAGUAGUGGCUGCACCUCCAAAACCCUGGCUGUAUCCCCAGGGGCCUCCAUUGCCACCCUCAGCCAGCUCUGUGCCACCAAGUUCCGAGUGACCCAGCCCGACACUUUCGGCCUCUUCCUGUACAAGGAGCAAGGCUACCACCGCCUGCCUCCUGGAGCCCUGGCCCACGGGCUUCCCACAACUGGCUACCUCGUCUACCGCCGGGCAGAGCGGCCUGAGGCCCCACCUGGGGCUGCAACAGAGGAGGGCAGGGGGCAGCCAGAGGCAGGGAACAGGAAGGAGGAGGAAGGAGCCCAAGGAGUUGGAGACACUGGGGUCAAAGCCAGCCCUGGGGACAGGGGGCAAGAGAAUGAGGGCACUGUUGAGGGAAGGGAGGGCCAGGCCGCGGGAGGCCAGGAGGCCGAGUUGUAG